AUGAAGCAAGGCAGCGACGAGGAAGAAGAAGAUGACGAUGACGAGGUAUACGAGAUCGAGAGAAUAAUACACCAUAAGAACAAUCACUUUGGUCGUGGAGUGAGAGGAUACUUUGUCAAAUGGAAGGGGUAUCCAGAUGCAGAAAACUCGUGGGUCAAUGAGAAUGACUGCAAUGCGGAGGAAAUUAUAAAAGAGUACUGGGAGGAGUUCCACGCAAAACGCAAAGCAAAUACUGGAAAACGAGCUCGAUCCUCCCAGCCGCCAACUGACGUCGAAAUGGAGGAGGAUGUGGACCGUCCGAAUAAGAAGAGCAAGCAGCAAAAGUUGCCCAAAGAAACAAAAUCACGGUCAAAGUCAAAGAAGACAGAUUCUAACGGUCGCACCAAAUUCCAAACGCUCAAUGAUGCGUCUUCAGACGCAUUAGAAUCAUCUCCUACUCCUUCUGAGAUUAUUUCGACCAACUUCAAGACCAUGGAUCGCUAUAUGCAUUUGGACGACUGGCACAAUCUCAUCGACCAAAUACUCACCGUUGACUACAGAGACAAGCCGGAUGAGGGACGUCGCGUAAUUUAUUUCUUCAAGCUGUAUGCUGGUUUCACACGUCUGUACUCGAGCUCACACGCCGCCCUCAGGAAAAACGGAGAGACGAGGACGGCCCCUGGUGAUGCGGUCCGGAAGCGGGCAUCCUCGAUAGUCAUCGACUUCUACGAACAGAAUCUCCGAUUUGAGCAUGUGCAGGGGACCGCCGGUCCCUAG